AUGUCAAUGGAAACUCCCUCUGGUCUUUUCCGCUUUCCGAUCACGAAGCUAUGUAUGGUGAGCACGGGAGCUGUGGCACUCUCUGCCUCAGUGGCCAAUUACAAGUACAUCUUUCUAGCGCGAUAUGAGCCGUUCAUCUCUGAUUAUAAGCAGUAUUACAGAUACUUUAUAUUCCAGUUGGGAUGUGCAAACGAGACGGAUGUAGCGUUAGUUAUACUCCUGUGGUAUCAGUUCAGGAAUUUGGAAAGAAUCAUGGGAUCCUACAAAUACAUUAGUGUGCUUUCAUUGGCGCUAGUUUACACCACAUUAUGCCUAGCGGGUCUGAAUCUUCUUUUGAAUUCUCUUUUGCCAUGGAAAAUGCUCAAUUCUCUUUGUACAGGUCCUUUAGCUCUCAUAUUGGCGAUGUUCCACUUCUACAAAGAGUACACUCCACAGAUAUACGAGUUUGACAUCCUACUGACGCAGCCCUGGACAAGACGAUCAAAUAAGAAGCAGCACAAGUGGCAGUUAAAUGAUCAGUUUCUUGUGAAUGCUCUUGUGAUCAUUUUGCUGUUAAAUCAAGGAUUUUCUGGCAUUGGCUGUGGGUUUAUCGGCUGGCUCUGUGGGAUAUUCCUUGAUAGAGGUCUGUUCCCCGGUGUUGAUCGUUGGAGACUGCCGUUCAUCGAGAGGCUCCUUAUCUCUACGGGCUUCAACGAUUCGAACGAUGCCAUUCUGGAUGACGCUGAUCGCUACAGAGACAUAGAUACCGACGCUGCUGGUGGCAACGGUAACGAACCACUUAGCCUCGACGAUGAAAAUGCUAACGAUGAACCGGCACGUCCGUUAGGUGUGCAGUUCUUGGAUACUUUCAGGAGAUGA